CACCACCAUAAGGACAGGGAGGACUAGUAAGACGCAAUGCAGAGCAAGGAAACUCCGUUCAACGAGUGGUCAUCACUACACAUCCAAGACGACGACGACACCAGUCUCGACUGGGGAACAUGCCUUGGAAAAGGGCUACUACUAACACCUGAUCAAGAGUAAUAUGGACACAACCAUGUGCAAAGACCACAUAGUUGUGACGGUUCAGAUAAAUGACACAAAGGCGGUGGUCUCAGAUUUUCUGCAGGCAGCUUCAGAGAGUGGUCAGCUUUAUCUCGUCAGCCUCUUCCUUUCCAGCCUCUACAUUAUAUUCCUAUUCCCUGUUGGCUUCCUCGGGAACCUCCUCAUCUUAGUGGUCAACCUGAACCACAAGAGCUGCUUGACAGCCCCAGACCUCUACUUUGUGAACCUGGCCGUGGCCGACCUUGCCCUCGUGGCCGACUCUCUGAUCGAGGUAUUCAACCUGAGGCAGGGCUACUACAACAAGCCCGGACUCUGUACCUUAAUGAACCUUUUCCAGCAGGUCAACAUGUACAGCAGUGUCUUCUUCUUAACCUGGAUGAGCUUCGACCGGUUUGUUGCCCUGACUGGCUUCAUAGGGCGCGGCAUGCCGCGUGCACGCCUCAGCUGCUGCCUUAUCUGGGUGUCCUCGUCUUUGCUCACCGUGCUUCCCUUUGCUAUUGCUCAAAAGCAGCACAUUGGAGAACUCCACUUCUGCUUUGCAAACGUCACCCAGAUUCAGUGGCUGGAGGUGAUGCUGGGCUUCGUACUGCCUUUCUGCAUUUUGGGUCUGUGCUACUGGAGAAUAGCACAGGUGCUCCGGCAGAGUCAGAGGGACCAAGAUGGCCAACAGCAGACCCCUCGCAGGCAGAAAGCCCUGCGGAUGAUCUCAGCAGCCGUGGUAGUUUUCUUCCUCUGCUGGCUCCCAGAGAAUGUGUUUGUAAGUUAUCACCUCCUAAAAGGUGACACAAACCAUGGCACACUAUGGCAGGACUACCCCCUGACAGGUCAUGCCGUCAGGCUGGCGGCCUUUUCUAACAGCUGCCUGAACCCGCUCAUCUACAGCUUCCUUGGGGAAACCUUUCAGGAAAAACUGAGGAGCAGAUGGUCCACGCUCCACAGGUCAGCCUCAGGAAAACCUAAGUAUAUACCAGCUGCAAGCCCAUGUAGCCAUGCAAAAUGCGACAGACCAAGCCAGUCCACACAUUUAAGCUCCACCAUCCUUCCAGAAACUGUUCUACUCCCCUCAAAUAAAUACCAACUGCACACUGUAGGUCAAGCAGAUGAUAGAUGA